ACGAACCAGAAUCCACCACUAGAUUAUUUUGUCUUUGCAUCCCUUCUUGCGAUUGGAACCCAAAGCAAGACGUUAAUUAAAAAGGUUACAACUUACAAUGACUAUGGGGCCACCAAAGUAUACGGCGUAAAUUAAAGUUUGCAUCGAUAUAGCACGACAAGGGCCCUAUUAUUUAGAAUAGUAUAUGGGGAUGGCAGUGCAAGCAAGGUUUGGGGCAUGGAACCCAAUUCGAGUAGCGCAAUGUUCUGGCGAUCGUUUCAAAUUCAAUGGAGAGAGGUCUCCAUCGGAGGAAUUUGCACCAUUAGCCACCAAAUUUCAGAGGAGGCUUCUUGUGGGUGUUGGGUCAGCUUCACUUGUGGCAGUGGGUGCAAACUUUGGUGGCAUCACAAGUUUUCUUCUGGGUUUGUCUCCACAAAGUGGCCGUGAUCUCAAGUUGGACUUGCUUUAUCCCAUUGGUGGCUACAGCCGUUGCUUUGACACAAAGGAAGGAUUCGAAUUCAUAUACCCAGCAAAUUGGGUGGGAGAUCAGACGCUGCUGUAUAGAGCUGCUAAGAAAAGAGAAAUGGAACAAUCGUUGGAUCCUCCUCCUCUAAAUGUACGGCGGCGUUCUAACAUCAAUGAACCGGUUGUUGCAUUUGGUCCUCCCGGUUCCAGUGGAGAACUCAAUGUUAGUGUGAUUGUUUCAUCUGUUGCUCCAGAUUUCUCGAUUGAAGCAUUUGGAGGGCCAGAUGAGGUGGGUGAAGCAGUGGUUCGAAGCAUAACAGGAUCAGGGCAGCGCCCUGAUGUGAAGGGCACAUUGAUAAAAUCAAGUUUGAGAGAGGAUUCCGUUAGAAAUGCCAAAUACUACGAACUGGAGUUCAGAGUUGAAAGUCCCUCGUUUAGGCGACACAAUGUUUCCGUUUGCUGCGCACGGGGUGGUAGGCUUUUUACUUUGAAUGCUCAGGCACCUGAAUCAGAGUGGCCAGGAUUGAAGUCAGAUUUCUAUAGGAUUGCUAAUUCGUUUAGCCUCACAACUUAGUGAUUCAAAACGAAGCUUCCCUUAGGUCGAUCUUGUAACUUCUUUGUUUCCAAAGCUAUGUUUUUGAAUUG